AUGAUUCGCAAAGGAUGGAAUCUCACGAAGAAUGAAGAUCUGGAGAUUACUGAUGUGGAUCAAAAUGCGUUCAUAUUUGAAUUCCGUCGAGCGGAGGACCGUAUGAGGAUUCUGAAAGGAAGACCAUGGUCUAUACAAGGUCAGUUGCUUAAUAUUCAAAUAUGGAAGGAUUUUAUGACCUUUAGUGAAGUAGAUUUCCAUAGUUGCCCGUUUUGGAUCCAAUUUCAUGAUCUGCCAGAGGAGGCUAUGGAUAUUGAGAAUGUGAGGAUACUCGGUUCAAUGGUUGGUAAUGUGGUGAUGAUCGAAGAUCCGAGAAGAGGUAAUCUGUUGACCAGAAGCUUCCUAAGGGCAAGGGUGGUGGUGGACCUGAGAAAACCACUGAUCACUGGAAUAUGGACACCGAGACCUGACAUGGACCCGGUGUGGAUCAAGAUUAAGUAUGAGAGACUGCAACAAUUCUGUUUCUGGUGUGGUCGGAUAGGUCAUGAUCAGAAACAUUGUCCUUACCACUCUGAUGAGGAGGAGGAUGUAUCUAGAAGGUUUGGCACCUGGCUAAGCAGUCCAGCUGCUAGAAUGAUUACAGAGCAGACUAUUUGUGAGACAAUGGGGUGGGAGGAGUUUGAAAUAUCUGCUAAUAGACCUGCUCUAACUGAGAGAAGUAUAAUAGUUGAAAAAGAGAAGUGUUCAAAGAUGAAGAAUCAGGAAGGGGAAAGCAGAAACUUAGAAGUGAAGAAGAAUAAGGUCACGGUCCCAAUUAAUGUUGAAACUAGCAGGGAAAUUGAAAAGCUGAUUAAACCAAGCAUCUCCGAGAUUGAUGCAAGACUGGAUCAAGAGACUGAAGUAAAUAAAGGAGGAAGUGAAGUACAGAAACUAAACAGCAUGAAGGGAGAAGAAGGAGGGCAGAAGGCUGAGGAAAAUAAUUUUGACAUCACUAAAGCAAUAGUGGUUUAUGGAGCUGCGUCUCCAAUCUCUGAUGUCAUGGAUAGUUUAAAGAGAAUAAGAUUGAAGAGAGGAAUGGAGUUUGAAGAAGAAGAGGGAGUCAUUAAAAGGAGGAAACUAUCAUUUCCUGAUGAACCUCUUGAAUGUACACAGAUGCCUCAAGAGGAGAGGGUAGUAAAAGAAGGAAGGAGGAGCGUUGGAGCUAUUAAGAGACAGAUGCGAAGAAGUGGAAAUAGAAGAAAUUCACUGAUAAAGGGUGGUGGCAGAAGUAGAGAGAAGAAAGGAGAAGACAGGAUGGUGUUGGAGGAGUUGAGUAUGAAUGAUGCUGAAGGUCCUGGUGGCUGGCCUCAAACAGCCACCAAGGAUCAAUGA